AUGGAAAGGAAAAAAUAUAAAAGAUAUCUUGGGUCAACGACAUCUGAUUCAGUGACAACUAAUCCACUGGAAUGGACGGGUAAUGUGACAGUGAGAAAGAAACGCAAGCCCUACUCCAAGUUCCAGACAUUAGAACUUGAAAAGGAGUUCCUGUUUAAUGCAUAUGUUUCAAAACAAAAGCGUUGGGAACUGGCACGCAAUCUUAAUCUCACCGAAAGGCAAGUUAAGAUUUGGUUUCAGAAUAGGAGGAUGAAAAGCAAGAAAAGUUCUCAAAGAAAUUCUGAAAAUAAUCAGAAUAAUCAUAACACGGGAUCAGGUCAAGCAACUAAUGCUAAGUGA